GUCGGAUAUAUAUGAGCGCAAGCGGCGGGAUCUCUCUCCCUUUUACCGCCAUCGGAGCGGAGUGUCUUUCUUCCACCGGGACCUCAUCACUGCGCAGCCCCGCUUCACCACCUCCGGUCACACAGCGAAGCAUCACUCGAGACUCAGCUGAAAUGGCAGACAUCGACAACAAAGACCAGCCUGAGAUGGACCCGGCAGAUAUGGAGGAUGUUGAAGAUGUGGAAGAGGAAGAGACAGGAGAAGACGAGAACAGCAAAGCUCGCCAGCUGACUGUGCAGAUGAUGCAGAACCCACAGAUCCUGGCCGCGCUGCAGGAGAGGCUCGACGGGCUCAGCGGAUCGCCGUCAGGCUACAUGGAGAGUUUACCAAAGGUCGUAAAGAGACGUGUGAACGCCCUGAAGAAUCUGCAGGUCAAAUGUGCCCACAUUGAGGCCAAGUUCUACGAAGAAGUACAUGAACUGGAGAGAAAGUACGCGGCCCUCUACCAGCCCCUCUUCGACAAAAGAAGCGACAUAGUGAAAGCAGCCUAUGAGCCCACUGAUGAAGAGUGUGAAUGGAAAGCAGAUGAGGAGGAAGAGCUGACAGUAAGUAAGCAGGACGAGAUGAAGGAGAAGGCCAAGCUGGAGGAGGAGAAGAAGGACGAGGAGAAGGAAGACCCCAAAGGAAUCCCAGAGUUCUGGUCGACGGUUUUCAAAAACGUGGAUCUGCUCAGCGACAUGCUGCAGGAACACGACGAACCCAUCCUUAAACAUUUACAAGAUAUUAAAGUAAAGUUCUCAGUCCUAGAACAGCCCAUGAGCUUCACGUUAGAGUUCCUCUUUGAGCCCAACGACUUCUUCACAAACACUUUGUUGACGAAAACCUACAAGAUGAGGUCAGAGCCCGACGAGAACGACCCGUUCUCCUUCGACGGUCCGGAGAUCAUGUGCUGCACAGGUUGCACGAUUGACUGGACAAAGGGCAAAAAUGUUACGUUGAAAACAAUCAAGAAGAAGCAGAAGCACAAGGGCCGCGGCACGGUGAGGACGGUCACCAAAACGGUGCCCAACGACUCCUUCUUCAACUUCUUCACCCCCCCAGAGGUUCCAGAAAGUGGGGAGUUGGAUGAGGACUCGGAGGCGGUCCUUGCUGCAGACUUUGAGAUUGGCCACUUCAUCCGUGAGCGUAUCGUUCCCCGGGCGGUGCUCUACUUCACAGGAGAGGCCAUCGAGGAUGAUGAUGAUGAUUAUGAUGAGGAGGGAGAGGAGGCAGACGAUGAGGAAGGAGAGGAGGAGGCAGACGAGGAGAACGACCCCGACUAUGAUCCCAAGGUUUAAGUGAUGACAGUAGAAAAAUAACCCUCUCCUGAAGGAUGCAGUCCCCCCAGCUGAGUGCAAGCAGCAGUGAAACCCGGCUGAUUGAGGAUCAACUGCUUCUCAAAUCUUAAAAAAAAGAACAUUAAAAAAAAAUAAACAUUUAAAACACGAAAAAAAAAUAGUUACUUACCGCCUUAUAAUGUUUUGUAUUUUUCUUGGUAGAGAAUUUGAAGAAGAACAAAGGUUUCAAGAUUUUUGUUACAAAACGUACGGUAAUAUACUGGGAGCUGAGAGGCUCGAUAUACAUAGUAUUUUACUAGACCUGUUAUUUCCUUCUCUUUUCUCUGUACAAUAGCUAUAAUACAGGAUGAAAAAAAGUCCCUCAAAGUAAGCAUGAGUCGUCUCUUCACUGCUAAAACUAGUUUGGGUUCUUGUGAAGUCUUUUGUUGUAUUUGCUCUUAGACAACAGCUGUGGUUUAGACUGCAUUGCCAACUUAUUCCCUUCAUCCCGCCCCUUUUCUCCGAUCAAAGCUCCUGGUUGGUCAGCUCUGGUCGUCCCAAGUGAACAUUUUUAACCUUUAGCCGCUCAAGCACAUGUAAAAGCACUGUAGCAUUUCAUUUUGUUUUCAUGGGGGAGGACGGAGGUGUCAUUCCAGUUUAUUCCACUUCACUGAGCAUUGGAUCUACUUUUCCCGCUCUCGACACAUUCCAGUACGCUUCUCCACAAACUUGACGGACUUAAUCUCAAAUUGAACAAAAAACGGAAGUGUUUCGCCCCUUUUUGUCGUCAGUGGUCGAGUCUCUAUAACAUUCCAGAGUUCUUAGGCUAGCAGUGGCGUUGUCUUUUCUAUUGUGUGGCGUCCUAUCGGUGGUUAGCUGUGAGAUCAUCCUUGUAAGCAGCAUUUAGUAAAGUGUGGAGACUUGUGCUAUCUGGGUUUUUAAAAGUGCAUUGCCUUGCCUUUUCUUACCGGUGGAGGAUUAGGCUCUAGGACCAGAUUUGGACACAUGUAGCACAGAUUAUGAAAAAGUGUAAACCAGGUUCACGCCCCCUUUUAUUUUAUACCUCAUUUCACUAAUUGGUGACUAGUCAGGUGACUUAAAUCGGACCUCAGCUCAGCCCCUGAGGUCUUUAUCACUGUGAAAGAAAAAGGGGAAUUGUUUCGACCAACCCUCCCUCCCUAAACUCCUUCCUCUGUUAACCCAGAAAGCCACGGGGAAGCAUGUCAGAGCAAUACUUAAAAACAUCCAGGAGGGGGAGAAUAAACCGUAGCCUGCCCACCCCCCCAUCGACCCCUUCAUCUUUCUUUAAUAAUGCCUUUUUUAGUUGAAGUUGUGGAGAGCCAGGGUACUUCUCCUUCUGCAGGGAGUAUUCAGAUCAUGUUGAUUGGACAGGGUUUGUGUAGGGUCCUUCUGAGCAGCUGUUGUCAAGGCAAAAUGCUAUGCUACAAAAAUACUAAUGUACUCAAUAACUGUACGUGUAUGUUCAUUAAUAAAUUGGUUAAACAUGGA